UAAGAGGAGGACGGUGCGAGCCGCCGCACGGUUCGGACGUGUUUAACGAGCGCUUCGCCACUGCGCCGCGUCGCGACAAGGUCACGCGCCGCUAACGGCUAGCGGAAUAUUCCACUGUGUUUAAAUACCACCGUGUUAUUGUUUAUUAUUUAUUGAACAUUGCAAAAUGUGAUUUUUACCUAACAUUAAGUGAAUAAUGAAAGCGACUCUUCAGCAAUGGAGACGGACUUACUAGUUAAUAGGGAAACUGUGAACUUAGAGCAUGGUGUAACAUGCGAAAUAGUUAAAGAAAUAUCAACAAAUGAAGACGGAACUUUUACCGUGCAGUGCAACCAGUGUAACUAUAAAAAUUAUAUAAAAAACUUUUUAGAAUGGACAAAUGGACAGACUAAAAUAAAAACGGUGAAAUGCAAAAAUUGCACCAAAACUAGUGUAAUAAAAAUUUGUACAUUUGUGAACCACCGUCACAUGAAUAGCAAAUUUAUACCGGACAUUUAUUAUAAAAUUUACUCGUGUGUAAACACGGUAGUAAGAAGUGUAUUUCAUAACUGUGUGGAAUGUAAAAAACAAAGAAACAUCAAAGCGAUCCCUCAAACAGAGUUCACUGCUCAAGAGGAAUACGAGUCAUGGUGUCGUCGUUGGCGGCCCGCGCGCCGUACAUUUUUCACAAGUGUAUGUACACAUGGAUCUAAAACACCAACAAAAGUCGAGCAUGAAAAAUCUGAGGAACGAGCGUCUCCUACGAAGUCAUCAAAGCGCGCCAAAAAGGAACAUGAUCAUUCAUCGAAACAUGAGAAACAUGAAAAGAAAGAAAAACAUGAAAAGCGGAUGCUUGAGGAGGUGACAGUAACGUACCGGCGCGGUUUGCCGGUACUCACCAUACCGCUGCCGUCGCGGCGCGAGCGAUGCCGCUUCACACUCCGUCCCGUCUCGCAAACUGUCGGCGAUCUAUUAGAACAGGUGAAGGCUGAGGACCGUGGAGUAGAGCGCGCGGCUGCGCUGGCGGCGGACGAGCGCGUACGCAUCGCUGCGAGCGACACCAUCGAGGCUUUAUUGGAGAGCGACUUCCGACUCAUCAUCAACGAUACAGAAUACUACGUCAAGACACCAGCACAGGAGCGCCUAAGUCAAGAAGAGGUUACGCGGUUAAGCGACGUGCGGAACUUGGUGAAUCAGCUGUAUGAAGCGCUGAAUGUUCGAGAGCACCAGAUACGUAAGGAGCGGGAGCUGAAGGCACAGCUGGAGAAACUGUCCACUGAGCUGCAGCCACUGGAGGAGAAACGUAUGAGCCUGGAAGUGGAGACUACACGUCGUACGUCAGCCCUCACGUGGGUGGGUCUAGGACUAAUGGGCGUGCAGUUUGGUGUGCUGGCUCGUCUGACCUGGUGGGAGUACUCUUGGGACAUCAUGGAACCUGUCACGUACUUCGUCACCUAUGGAACGGCCAUGGCAGCGUAUGCCUACUUCGUUUUGACUAAACAGGAAUACGUGUUACCCGAUGUUAAAGAUAGACAGCACCUGUUGACUCUGCACAAAAAGGCGAAAAAGAUUGGACUCGACAUUAAUCAUUACAACACUCUUAAGGAUGAGAUAGCAAAAGUAGAAAAAGACCUCAAUCGUCUCCGUGACCCUCUUCACAUUCAUCUGCCGAGUAACCUAGGAGGUAAAGGAGGUGGAGCUGAUGACAAACGUUCCCCUCUCUCGAAAAUAAAAGACAUGUUGGAGGAAACUAGCAAGAAGAUGAAAAUCACGUAAUAUUGGCUCAACGUCACGCGCCUUGGUCCUAAGCGGUAAGGCGCGGUCCUUCGGUUCAUUAGGGAUAAAUAAAAAAAUAAGCUUGUUGAUAAAUAAUUUCGAAUUGCUUACUCGUGUGAGAUGUAGCCCGUUGAAUGUGUAAAAUUAUUUAUUUGAAUUUGGCGUUCCAUUUGACAGCGUUCUUUUUUUAAAGUGAUGGAGCGAUUUUUUUAUUUGUAAGAUAUUUUAAUACGAGGGUUUGACAAAUAUUUUUUUAAAUUUUUUGACGUAAUAAAUUAUGUCGUCAACGUGUUGACAUCUACACUGAAGCAGUUUGCAUCAAUUUGUUUGUAUUAUAAAGUUGGUUGUAAAGUAAUAGGUACAGAAAUUGUUUUCAUAAACCUACAAAAUGUGUCCGUACAAAAGGACCACAUUGCAAUGUCCCUUAAAAACCAAAGUGAAAAUAUUCUUCUUGCCUUAAGUACCUAUUUGACUUAGUAAAAUUUAUAAAACCAAAUAAAAAAAUGGUUCUUCGUAGGAUUUUUCAAUGUUAGCAAAUUAUUCUUUUUUAAAUUAUGACUAGUAUAAUUUUAAAAUUUCGCUCAGAAAAUUGUUUCCUAAUUUUAUUCGUAUUUAUUAUUUAAGUUACUAAAAAUGAAUUGAUGGUUUAGGUUUGAAAUUGUGCAAUACACUAACACAACAUAACGGGUGCCAAUGUAUUAGAUAUUCAAAAAAUUCAGGGGAUGUUUUAUUUUUUAACAUAGUUUUAUGAAAUCUAGUCUUUUAACUAAUAUUCACUGUAUGUAGUUCGAAUUUCUUAGUUUGAAAAUUAAAUUAACAAAAAAGCACAAAGAAAAAUAAAAAUUGUAUAAUAAUUUUGUUUUCAGUAUUUUGACGUUUAGAAUAAGACAAAAAGGCGGAAAUACAGAUAAAAAAUAAUGUCUAUGGAUUUAUUUUAGAAAUUGUAACAUUUAUAAUUGUUGUAUUUUGGUGAGUUUAAACCUUUCAUUAUUAGUUUUGAUGUACAUAAUACUACUGUCUUCAUACAAUUUUUGUUGAACAUUGUUCUUAAUUUUAAGCUUUAAAAAUAUAAAAUUGCACAAAUAGUUUAGUUUAGUUAGUUGACCAGAGGCUUGUUAGUUUGACUGCAUAAUGUUGCCAGUUUGUUUUUAAUUAAAUUUUAUUCAAUAAGCUGUGUGUUUAGUAGCUAACAUGUCUAUAAAGUACAUACUAAUUUCCCUAAAUCUUUUCAAAAUUAUUAUUUAUUUAAGGUAUUAAUUUUAAGUUAAUAGUGUCUUGAAAUAUUUGCGUUUUGGAAUUAGAACGUUAGUACUGAUUAAUUUUUAAAUUUUUUAUUUGAAUUUUAUUAAAUUACAAAUUUCGGCCAGUCAGUAAUAAGUGUACGCGUUAUUUAUUAUCUAUAUGUUUUUAGAAACCCUUCGUUUAACCCCCAAAAUCUAGUUAUAGUUAAGCUAUAUGAAAACAAUUCUAUAUAAUACGUAUAGCUUAUUUAACCUAGCUCAUUCGUUACAAAUAUUUAAAUAGCUUGAGCUUCAUAAUUUGCUGAAAUCUUAUCUAAAAUGGAAUAUUAAAUAAUAAAGCGGUAGGUUAAAUAUUGGCUGUGAAAUUAAUGUGAAACAAGCAUUUUUCAGUCCAUGGUAACGUUUAGUACCAUAAUAUAUUAAAUAGGUACAUUAGACGAGUAAAUAGUAUCGUUAAUAUACGUAAAUGAUUUUGUAAUGUAUUACAUCGAAGGAUAUUUGAACGGACUCGAGGAAAUAAAAUAGCGUGGCGUAAUAUGUAACAACGAUAGAACGUAAUCAUCGUUAAAGUACGGUGAAAUUGACGGGGAUUUGUUUACCAUCUUAAAAAGUUAUGACGUGGUAGUCAUCUGAAUAAGAAUUCAAAUAAAAUCAUCAGAUCUGAUUACUAAAUAUAUAAGCACAUGUAAGCUAUGUAAAAACUGUAAUUUAAUAUCUAUCUAUCUCUUCUUGACAUUAGUUAGAUGACAAGGAUAGAUAUAGUUCAAUAGUUCUAUAAGUAUAACGUUGUGUAGUUCUACGGAUGAAAAUAUUCGACCAAAUAUAGCGCCUAGAUUACAUUUUAAAGCCUUGGGCCCAAUGUAUGAAGGACUAUUGUGAAUCUUAUAUUGAUGUCGUCAAGGUAGAUUUUUGAAGUCUGUAGCUUUGCACUUUAAGGUCUAAUGUUUCAUCUGUAGAAUCCUAUCUUGCUACGAGUAAUAUAUAGGUAGGUGACUUGAUAAAAGGACAUUCUGUACAUGUCCAUUCUAAGGUACUAUUUGUGUGGAGCGUCGGAAGGUAUUGUGACUUUAAGGCCUUGUAAAUUCGGUCUAAAAUUCUUUGUAUAUAGCCCUUGUAAUCGUAAGCACGCACAUACAAUUAUUCGCUCAAUGAUGGCUUCUUCUCGUGAUUUGCUAAUUUGCCUUUAGUCUUUUUCUAUGUAAUGUUUUUCUAUCUAUAUGAAUAGAUUUUUAUAUACAUCCCUAGGGUUAAGGUUCAGGAGCAAAGCUUCUGUUUAUUAAUUUUUAUUUACUGUAGUUAUAUAUGAUAUUUAUUUGUUUAAGUUUAAAUAAGUGAUAAUGUUCUAUUAAGUUUGUAAUUUCACAAUGGUCUUACGGUCUUCUCUAGGUCUUCUAAAGAGACAUCGUCUGUUGUAGCCAAUAGUUAGUUAUUAUGAAAUUUCGAUGGCAUUUGGAGUAUGGAUGGACUCGAACUUUGCUUGGAUAUAUCUAUACUAAGUGCUUGUAUGAGAAUCCACAUAGCAUUAAGGCCCUAAUUUAUUCCCCUUACUAGGGUUGAAAGAUAUACAUAAAAUAGGUAGUCUAUAUAACAUAAUGUAAAGUUGGCAUGAUUCAUUUUGACUGCCCGCCUUUUCUAAUGUGAAGAAAAUAAAUGUUUUAGUAGAAAAUCACAGAGCAAUCGUAUUCGUCCAGAAAUAAAAUGGCACCGUGCAUAUAUAUGUAUAUUAUGUUCUCAUACGAGCACUGGUUGGAGUUUGCGAGUCGGUUAGAUGUUGGAAGUCUUUGAAUUCGUACACUUUAGUUCAUAGUCCUGACCUUUGUUUAAGACUAGUUCGUUUAAAUUAUUCUCUAUACGUAUUUAUACUAUAGUAAAUUAUUUAAUUAUUAAAUAAAUCUUACGAUAUUUACACGUUAAUAUAUAAUUUGUUUAAAUAUCCUAGCGAGCUGUAACCAAUAAUACUUAAUUGUAUACAUUUUUGAAAUUAUUAAGGAAAAAGCGUAAUGAAUAUUAUCUAGACAUUGUUUGAUCAAUUUCACAAUCGAGUAGUUAGGUACUUAAUAUAAAAAUAAAUAUAUCUAUUUAGUAUAAAUUAUUUUAUCCACGAUUAACUUUCCUGGGGGCUUGGUACAAGUUUCUUUGGCGUUUAAUAAGAUUCGAAACGAGACCGCGUUCGACGUUUUGAUUGGUUAGUUCAAUGCAGCCGGCCAAUCGAAGCGCCAAACGCGGUCUCAUUUCGAUCUCAUUGAACGUAAAUGGAACUCGUCCUGAGCCCUCUGUUGAUAUUUCACUACUUGAGAUUGCCAAAUUUAACCCUUCCAAUUAUAUCAUAUUCUUGUUAACUUUGUUACACCUAUUUGCAUAAUUCUUAUAUCGUUAUGGUACGAGGUGGCUGGGAGUGGGGCAUGGAAUGACGUCACGCACACACACAUACAUAGAACCCGACUCCUUGUAACAGUUACUAUUUUGCAUUUUGUUAUUACAGUCGUGUUGUUCGAAUAAAAUUUUU